UCACUACCAGAGGUCCUCUCAGGUGUCGCUCACUACCAGAGAUCCUCUCAGGUGUCGCUCACUACCAGAGAUCCUCUCAGGUGUCGCUCACUACCAGAGGUCCUCUCAGGUGUCGCUCACUACCAGAGAUCCUCUCAGGUGUCGCUCACUACCAGAGAUCCUCUCAGGUGUCACUCGCUACACAAGAGCAUAAUCACCGUCUCACAAUGAUUUCUUCAUCUCUCACAGUGCAAUUCCAGUGACAAUUUCAGCAUUUCAUGAUCCCUCCUCAGUUAGCCAGAAUCUGAAUGGUCUCGUUAACUUGACAACAGUUAUGACUGAUAGUCUCGCUGUUGUCGCCCCCUUGAUUGAUAGACAGUGACGAACCUUUUCACCAGAGAGGUCCUGAAAAUCCCUAGUAUCUCGUAUCUCGCUGUCUCAAGACUAGAAAAAGCAUACCAAGUCUUUAGUCUCCACUGGAAUGAGACCAAUUCUCAGUGUCACCCGAUAUGGCAGAUUACAAUAGUUCUGCUACUGAAGUUUGCUGUUUGCAUUUCAUGUAAACACUAAACAGGUUGGAUGCGACUCCGUAAUAUAUUUUGUGUGCAUGAUAAUAUAUAACGUAAGGAGUGCUAGAAACAAAGCUUUCACAAGGCGAUAUUUAAUGUUUUAGACAAGUCCUUCCUGGAAAGUGUGAGAGAUUCUACGAUAAGGAUUUUCCAAACAUGAUAAACAGCCAAGUAGUCACAGUAGAAGUCUACGACAACUGUAGCAAAUAAAGUGAAGGAAUCGGCACCUCUUCCAUACCAGAGCAUAGACCUAUAAAUCUCCACAAACUUCCUUUACACACUCAAGACAAGAUUUUACGAACGUAAAAUCUGAAGAACAAAUGCAGAAGGAAGAAUGUUGUUGCAGGUGAACCUUUAGUAAACAAAGGAAAAUCUCAGACGAUAUAAAAUAUCAUUCGUAAGGUCGAUGCAAGAUCUAUACCACAGGAUGAAUUGGACGAGCCUCACCAGGACUCCGUGAAAGGUGUGUCAAGCAUCGAAGUCCAUUGGAACCACGAUGAACGAUAAACUGGAUUUUUACUCAGAGGCCCUGUUGGUGGGCGGCGAUGUGGAGACGCUGUUGACCUCCACACCGGAGCCGGUAAACUGGCUGGAACACGCCGUUAAUGACACCGACGACUGCUUGGAGUUCCCAGCCAGUUGUUUCCCUGCCGACGGCUUCUGGAACACAAGCUUCAACGCCAGCACCACCACCGUCCUCCCGCCGAGCCUGGGCUUCGACGACAACGCCAAGACUGACAUCAUCAUCUACUCCGUCAUGUUCGUGGUGGCGGCCGUUGGGAACCUGACGGUCUUCAUCACACUCUUCAGGAACCGACACCGCAAGUCCCGCGUCAACCUAAUGAUCAUGCACCUGGCGGCCGCCGAUCUGAUGGUGACGUUGAUCAACUUCCCACUGGAAGUGGGAUGGAGAAUCACCACGCAGUGGGUGGCUGGAAACCUGGCCUGCAAGCUCUUCCAGUUCCUCAGAGCCUUUGGUCUCUACCUCUCUUCUCUCGUUCUCGUCUGCAUUAGCCUAGACAGAUACUUCGCCAUCGUUCAUCCCCUCAAGGUCAACGAUGCUCAACGACGAGGCAAGUUAAUGUUGUCCUUCGCUUGGUCCAUCGCUGCAGUGUGUUCCCUGCCUCAGAGCGUGAUCUUCCACGUGGACACGCAUCCAGUGUUCCAGAACUUCAAGCAGUGCGUGACCUUCGGGUUCUUCAGGACGCAGGUAGAGGAGAUGACCUACAAUCUCUUCUGCCUCGCCGCCAUGUACUUCAUGCCACUAUUCGUCAUCAUCGUCGUCUACUUCAGGAUCCUGUGGGAGAUCUCACAGAAGUCCAGGGAUUCCAGAGAGGAGAGAGACGGCCGCAGCGGCGGCUGCGGCGGCGGCCGCAUGCGGCUACGGCGGAGCGACAUGAGCAACAUAGAACGUGCGCGAGCGAGGACACUCCGCAUGACGGUCAUCAUAGUGUUGGCCUUUAUAUGGUGCUGGACACCCUAUGUUGUCAUUGUUAUGUGGUACAUGUUUGACCGCGAAAGUGCCGAGCAGGUGGACAAGCGUCUACAAGACGCACUCUUCAUUAUGGCCGUCAGCAACAGCUGUGUCAACCCGCUCGUCUACGGGACGUACACCAUCAACUUCAGAAACGAGCUCAACCGAUGUUUCGGCCGCAAGACAAAACCCCCGGUCCUCGCCCGCAAAUCCACAGGGUCAACAGCCAUGCGAACUACCGUGACAGCACAGCUAACCUCCACGGGGAAUACCUUCAGGAUGUCUACCCACACCCAGGUAGUUCACCGCGAUGGCUCAGCACAUAAGCCAAGUGGGGAAAACCACUGUUUACCAUCCAAGCCUCGCCCACCACUCUCCCCCACACCCACAACUAUCUCCAAGUUUCCUGUCUCACCACCUCUGCCAAACUCUUCCACCUCCCCAACAUCCGGAAACCAGAUCCCUGCCGCUUCAACAGCAGCAUCCACCAUGGCCACUGGCUGCGUGAUAGUGGAGAUAGAUGUAGACGUAGAUACACUACAAUCUCUGAGGAUACCACUACCUGCCCCACGGAAUGCAUUCUCAAAACAACAGCAGCGAAGCAGUCAGUCACGGAAAACAAACUACCUGUCUUUCCUAAUAUCACCGAGACUCAAGACUAUGUCAAAGAGAGUAUGCAAGUGACCUCUGUGUUGCCACCGAACGGUGGCAAACAGAUCCCCGACAACAGAGCCCAGCAGGCAAAACAGACGACCUUUUGCAGAGCAGAAAGUCUCCCCUCACCCAUAUCAAGUGUCAGACGGGAAAGACUCUCACGAUUUUGCUCAAGGUACAAAACUUUCAGCCGGCUCUGGUAUGUUCUCCGGAAACAAAUACAGACGACCGAAGCUAAGUUCUCUCACUGAUAUUAUAUCAGAUCACUCGGGAAACAGAAAUCACUUAGAUCAGAGGACCAGUAUAGAACUUAAGAGUAUUAGGCCUCUAAACAACAUGUUAUAGGCAUUUGUUAUCACGAUUUGUUGAAUUUUAUCACGAUUUGUUGAGUUUUAUCAUACACACUUUCUCUUCUGUUCUUAGAAUUGUUUUUCCCACAUUCUUUCCUCUCAUUUACAUUUCUUUCCAGUUCAUAUUUAUUUUUUUUUCACCCUGCUAUCCUCUAUUAAUCAUUCUUCUUAUUUUCUUCAUAUUAUCUCUUAUUCUUCAUUUUUAUUCAUCCUAUCCUCCACAUUCGACCUCCAAACAAACUAUACCACAUUCAACAUUUUUAUUCUGCCAAAGAGGUUUGAAUCCGAAUUAUAGGAUCUAAUUCCUCCCUCCGUGCUGCAAACUCUGCUCACCAGAUAGCCAGUGUCGACCUUUCUUCUGCCUUCACGCUAAAAGACCCAUCAAAUUUAGCUUUUGUUUCUUUUAGUACAAUGUUAACUAGAUAUUUUCCGGUCGUUGUGCGAGCCUAGAAAGGCAUCCCUAUAGGGAUUACUGAGGCUUAAUUAAUCCCAUGUGGAUUAGAGCCUCAUUGGUUGAGCUGUCAGGAUUGUUAAUCCUAUCGGCUGCACGAGGGUCAGUAAGAUUGGGAUUAAUGAAAACGUUGAGCCUGUAUACACUGAGAUAUAUACAUCUCUCGCAACACAAUAAGUGUCAAGGGCCCAAGACUGUUCAACUACCUCCCAGCAUACAUAAUGGGGAUUACCAAUAGAUUCCUGGCUGUCUUUAAGAAGGCGCUGGACAGGCACCUAAAUUCGGUACCUGACCGACUUUAGGUGGUACCUAUGUCUGUCUGCGUGCGUCCAACAGUAACAGCCUGGUUGAUCAGACCAUGAUCCGCAAAGAUGCCUGGUCUCAGACCGGGCCGCGGGGGCGUUGACCCCCAAAACCCUCUCCAGGUAUAUACACUGAGAUAUAUAUAUCUCUAACAGUAUAUACACUGAGAGAUAUACAUCUUUCACAGUAUAUAUACUGAGAUAUAUACAUCUCUCACAGUAUAUACA